GCCAAUACUGAAUGUUGCCUCCUAUGCUGAAUGAUAAACUGAAUUGAACUUACCGAAGGAUUGCUGUUAGCAACUGGGAUUGAAAUUGGUUGGUUUGGGAUCUAAUCAUGGUGGGGUGUUGAGCCUGGAGGGAAUGCAGCGAGCAAGGUGACCAAGUGCUCUCCAGAAGCAGCUUCUUUGGAGACGAACUCUCGCCGGCAGACAAGCUGGGGUUCACCAAGGCAGCCAUCCAGGCAAAACCAGACUCUGUUCUCAGUCCCAAAAUAAGUGUCGUUGACAGGUGUUCUCCUCGCCUUUUGUGUGCAUAGUUAGUUUGCUCAGAGAUCAGUCUCAAGUCUGAAUUUUAGGAAGUUAAUUUCCCUGUAAGAUGGAGUGGGUUCCCAUUGAUCCUUAGGUCUUUGCAAAAUUCUCAUUUUGCAUGAUGAAGCGCCUGUGCUGCCGAAGAGGUCGGCGCCACCUCGGCUUGGGCGAAAGUUGACUGAUUCACUCACAGAAGGCUAGAUUGUGGAUACAUAUGGGUACUUGCUACCCAAGCCUUUUGAAGAACAGGUAAGAUGAGACAUGUUUUCCCUUAAUUCCAUCAGCAGGAAUCAACUUUUCCACAUGUGUAGUUUGCUUGAUGACUCAUGGCCGAUUUUCUCAUUCUUAGCCCGAUGAUUGAAUGGUGUCGUAAAUGCAUGAAAAUGACCUGACCUUUAAGCAUCCUAUUUAUAUGCCAUAUUUCUCUUGGAUUUGUUCAUCUACCAGAUUAAAGUAGGCCCCCUGCCUCCACUAUACUCCAGGACAGUAGACAUCAUCACACACAAGCAGGUAGUUAUAAUUAGUUGCAACCAGAAGAAGCUGAUGAAACUUGCAUUAUAUUUAUAUUGUCAUCUUCUACGGCUAGCCCACUACUACUUAUUAGCUGCAAGAUCAGAAGCGAUAUAGAGAGUAAGCUGAACGAAGAGGCUGCCAUGAGCUACUGGGGUUCCUCGCCGGCGUGGGGGGCGGCCCGCCACGGGCCGUCUCCGAUGGUGCCCCUCAUGGUGGUGCUGGCCCUGGGGUGGGUCAUCUACAACGAGGCCCUGUUGGAGUGUUACGAGCGGGUGACCGAGGUGCGGGACACGGUGGCCGACAAUGCCAUGGUCUUCAUCCUCGCCGCCGGGCUCCUGCUGCUCGCCGUCGUCCUCCUCAGCAACCAGAUGGAGGUGGUCCUGGUGCCGAUGGUGCUGGUGCUGGUCAUGCUCUUGAUCCAGAACAUCGUUGUUGCCGCGCUCCUGCUGCUGCUGGCGGUGUACCUGGCCGGGAUAUACUACUACCCGCCUCACCGGGGCUACGGCGGCGGCGGCGGCGGCUUCGCCGGGGCCGGGGGUGACUGGACGGGCUGGGGCUGCGGGCUGGGGUUCUACAUGCUGCUGCUGCUCUGCCUGGUGCUGUGCGCCAUGUUUUCGGAGGAGGGCGGCAGCUGGUGGAUCCCAGGCGUGCUGCUGGCUGCAUGCCUGCUCUGCCUCAACCUCUUCUCAGGUGGCAAAGUCUUAGGCCAGGAGUACUUUUAACCCUUGUGUUCUUCGGGGCAGAGCUUAGUUAUCGUUGUCUCAUGGCAUUACCGCUCAUGGCUCCCUCCUUAGAUUUGUCUGCUAUCAUCAUAAGAAUUUUAGCAGACGCGUGGUGACCGGUGACGCCCUGCUGCAAGGAUUUGAAAGUAAAAUGGACCUUUAACAGCGUCCCAUGCA